GCGCUGUAUCCCUCGGACACAGCGGAUCACCGUGCAGCUCAUGAGGAGAGGAGAGCCGGUAAUCGGCAUUCCUCAGAGGGGACAUGUACACUGAUCAUCAGGGCACUCAGGGCACUGAUGAUCAGUGUAGCCCGAGGAGAGCCACCUGUCAGUGUUCAUCAAUGCCACCUGUCAGUGCCCAUCAAUGCCACCUGCCAGUGCCCAUCAGUGCACAUCAAUGCCACAUAUCAGUGCUCAUAUGAACUGCCUUUCAGUUCCACCUGUCAGUGCCAGUCAGUGCUACCUAUCAAUGCCAGUCAGUGCCGCCUAUCAGUUCUGCCAAUCAUUGCUGCCAAUCAGUGCUGCCUAUCAGUG